AUGGCUGAUAAGCUAUCCGUGAGUGAUAGUGUCACGAAAGUUUAUCAAGCUGCUCGUGGCGGUUCUUCUGAUCUGGCUGAUCUUUUAAGGCGGCUGAAAACUGAACAAAGAAAAAUCGCUUUGGAAACGAAAACUAAAGAUGGCGGCCAUUUUGUCACUCCUCUCAUCAUCGCUGCUCACAAUGGACAACUGAAUUCUGUGAAGAUUCUUCUAAGAUAUGGAGCAGAAAUCGAGGAUCGAGGAACGAUUAAGAUAGGAGACGAAGAUGACGAAGAUGACGAAGAUGACGAAGUUAUAGAGGGUUGUACACCUUUGUGGGCUGCUGCUUGUUCUGGUCAUCUUGAUGUUGUGAAACUGUUAAUGGAACAAAAUGCAGAUGUUGACGGCAGAACACCGACCGGUUCGACUCCUUUGAGGGCUGCUGCCCAUGAAGGACACCUUGACGUUGUGAGAUGUUUGGUUAAGAGCGGGGCAGAUGUGAAUGCACGCGCUCAGUAUAAAUGCACUCCUAUAAUGGCAGCGUGUGAGUGUGGCCAUUUAAGUAUUGUAACUUAUCUUAUUAACAAAGGUGCGUUUGUGGAUCUACAAGACACAGAUGGCGAUACUGCACUGCACUUUGCUGUUGAAGGGGGUCACUUGGAGGUAGUCAGUCAACUUUUGAGUCUUGGAGCCCCACAACUGCCAAAUAAUCACGGUUUAACACCACUUCUUUAUGCCUGUGAUUUACGUUCUAUUGAAAUCGUGGAGCAUAUUAUCAACCGACCGGAAUGUACAAAGCAACAGAGAAUUGAUGCUCUUGAACUUCUUGGUGCCACCAUUGCUAAUGGUGAAUCUCGUGACAUUAAGAAAGCUUUUAGUUACAUGAAACGUGGAAUGGAGAUGAGAUAUGAAGACCUGGCACAUCCAUUGCUUAAAAAGAAAAUGGAACCUGUGGAAGCUUACCAAAAUAGAAAAGAGAGUCAAACUCUUGAGGAACUUGCUCUAUUAGAAGGUGAUGAUCAUGCUAUCGGUAUGGAAGGACUAAUAAUCAGGGAGAGAAUCCUUGGAUCUGACAAUCCAGCAAUUCUGUAUGAAAUCAGAUACCGGGGAACUGUUUUAGCUCGCUCUAAGCAGUACGAGCUUUGUUUUGGUUUGUGGAAACUAGCGAUGGAGAAAGCCACGAACAACGACGUUUCAAUAAUAGGAGAUCUUGAAUCCUACACAUCUGUAUUUGGAAAAAUGGUACAAAAAAGAAUACUCUUAAGACCAAACUUCAUUGAAGACGCAUUUGAAAUACUAGUUGCUGUAAGUGAGAAACGGACAGAAAAAUUACAAGAGGGGCAUGGAAACGAGGAGCUAAAAGACACGCUUUAUUAUGCUCUCUAUCUUUUGAUGAUAUACACUAAAGCUAAAGUUCAAAAUGCCAACAUGACUGACUUUCUUCAAAGACUCCUGCGUUUAAACCUUAGUUGCAGUGAUGGAAAUACUCUGCUGCACCUAGCUGCGUGGCACGAAACUCCAAUUAAAGAAGACAAUGUGCGAAGUGUGUGCAAGCUUCCCUGUGUUGAGACCAUGAAGCUUAUUUUACGUGCAGGGGGUGAUGUAAAUGCCGUUAACACCGAGGGAAACACACCUCUCCAUCUAGCUGUGAAGUUUAAACCUGCUGAGCCUGAAGGAGUCGAGAUUUUAAGAGAAAUGCUGCUGUUGUUGUUAGAUAUCGGUGCAGAUCCAAAGCUGGCAAACAAAAAUGGUCAAACACCACUGAACAGCUGUGAAACUGACGAGGCUCGUAGGAUUCUGUCCAAGAAAGGAAGACUGAGUGCCAUGAACGUCGACGUCGGAAAGGUAAGAAAGUUUUAAAUGUUUUAAAUAUGUUUAAAAAACAUACUUUGAUUCCCUAAAAUCAUUAUAGUAACCUUUGUUACGAAACGAGAGAGUGCUUACUUCCGUGUCCUAUGUUGUGUUUAUCAUAUUACGUCACGCUAAUGUAUGCCCGUCUCUAUCUGAAUUCCUGGAACAGGUUAACAAAAUCGUCUCUUUUAGAAUGCAACAAUUUCUCGCAACACAGCUGUUUUAGCCAAAAAAGGAUGUUUUUGAAAAUGGCAUGUACAGGCGGCAGGCUCUCAGAGGAAGCUACGGUGUUAUGAAUUAUUCGAUCUAUGUUUGCAAAAACGGAAUUCAAAGUAUCUCAGAUAGAAAGUUUGAAGGACAAAUUAAACCGAGAGGCGUCACGGCAUUAAUAUCGAUUGACGACCAUUCGAAGUAACUCGCAAAACAAUAAGUGCACUCACACAUUUCUGUGAAUCUCUUUCGUCGUAGGGCUGUUUAGCAACUGCAUUUGGCCUCAGUCAAGAAAUUGUCUUUAUGUGUUCAAACGACUUGUUUCUCCUCGUCACACGACCAGCUGUAAUUGAAUUUUCACGUGGACGACUAGUUAGGAAAAUACCGUAAAAUCCCGGAAAAUGAGCCCCUCCAAGUAUAAGCGCCCUAAACUCGUAACGUAAAAAACCCCUCGUUAAAUCGCCCCUCCAAAAAUAAGCCCCCCCGGGGCUUGUACUUGGAAGUUGCCCUCAAAUACAAAGUAAAACAAAGCAAAAACGGUAAAUUUAUUUCCAAGUAUAAGGCUAGCCCGAUUGAUUUUGAAACGCAAAUUUCCCUCCGUAGAUAAGCCCUCCGAAUAUAAGCCCCUCCAAAAAGAAGCCCAUCAAAAAGGGCCUUUGAAAAAUAUAAGCCCCAGGGCCUAUUUUCGGAAUUUUACGGUAUACCGGCAUAGGGUUUAAAAGGAGAUAGCAUUUUUCUGUCACAUGAAAGUCACUCUCUAGCGUGUUUAAGGAGCACUUCCUAUACCUUGAAAAGCUUGAAAGCUCAUCAGUAAUAGUAUUUAGAAAAUUGUAUUAAUUUCAAAGCUGCCGUUGCCAGGUUAAAGGGAGGGGGAAAGGCCAUUUUACUACUUCCCUCUUCCAUUUUUUCCCUCGCCGUCUCCUCGCCAUGUUUUACCCCCUAGUUUUCACCAAAUAGAGUGCCUGUUUACAGGCUACAUACGUGGCGUUUUCGUUACGGAUCCAUGAUAGAUCGUGGUUUUGAAUACAAGAAAGUUUAGAUAGUUUAGAGAUAUAGUCCAUUAAUCGUACAGUAAUAGCUUUGGUAUCCUCUGAGUGAACAUGUCUUUUCCAUUUCCACAAAGGCUGGAAAAAUCGAAAGUGGAAAUGGUGAGAGAAAAGGAGGACGGGAAUUUGUUCCCGGAAAAGGAAAAGACCUAAAUGAAAACACCCAGAAGAAGACUGAAACAAAGGAAACAUCAGGUAAGAAAAUCUAACCAAGGGAGCAAUUUGUUGAGGCGAAUAAUUGUACCCAGGGAAUCAUUGAACUCCGCUGAUGAACCGGUAGGUGCCAUUUAAGGUGAUAAAACUUGGAGAGGGUUUUUUUUACCAAAACGAAGGGAUUGGAUGCCAGUGACCCGAUGUGGCGGCUCUCCUUAUCGUUCAUGGAGGGCGGGGGCAAAAAAUUGAUGUAUUUGGUCUGUUCUCCUUCUCAUAGUUAGACGUAAUAUAUAUGAACCAAAAAAUGAAACAAAAAAAGAACCAGCAAAAGAAAUGUAAUUUGUGUUUGUAAAUAGAAGAAAAAUAAGGCCAGCCAUGAGUGUAACCAAGAGAAGAACAAGACAGGAGCUAGACUGAAUAACCUAUACAUGGAGGUAAAAAAAUUAAGAAUUCAAGCAACACACCAGGUACAUUAUUAUCUAAAGAUCAGAUACCUUGGGACUAAAAUUAAAAUGAAUUAAUUUAUAUUGAGAGAAAUUCCACUCUAGAAUGAGGCAACUAUAGAAGAUUCAGUCUCUAAGUUUGAUCCUCUCGAGAUAUUACACUAAGCGUGGGACUAAAGGGAAUUGUCUGUUUUUAGUGUGAGACAAAAAGCCGAAAAUGGCGUCCUUCUGUCUUUACUUCUUUAAGGACAAUUGAGGGAGUUGAGACAGCAGUUGGAAAAUGUCCAAGAGCAACUAAGACAGAGAGACGGACAACUGAGGGAAGCGACACAACAACUGACAAAUGUUCAAGGGCAACUACAGGAGAGAGAUGGAGAAUUGAGGCAGAUGACACAACAGUUGACAAAUGUUCAAGGGCAACUACAGGAGAGAGAUGGAGAAUUAAGGCAGAUGACACAACAACUGACAAAUGUUCAAGGGCGAUUAGAGGGAGAAUUGAGGCAGCUGACACAACAGUUGACAAAUGUUCAAGGGCAACUACAGGAGAGAGAUGGAGAAUUGAGGCAGAUGACACAACAGUUGACAAAUGUUCAAGGGCAACUGGGAGAGUUGACGCAACAGUUGACAAAUGCUCAAAGACAGCUACAAGAAAAAGAUGAAGAAAAUACCACCAUGGGGGAACAACUGAGGGAAAAAGAACAAGAAGUGAAUGAACUGGAAAUAUCUCUUUCAACAGCUCAACAAGCGUUAAGUGAACGUCCACGCCAACAGUCACCUGAUUGGGUCAUUUCACGUGAUCAAAUUCAGCUGACAGAGAAAUGCAUUGGUAAAGGAGGCUGGGGAAGUGUUGUUGAAGGCAAAUAUUGUGGCUGCUCUGUUGCCGUGAAACAGAUUUACGAGGUGCUUCUGAACCUUUCCUCUCAUAACAGAGAUAUGUUUGAGCGGGAAAUGAGCAUUGCUUCAAAAUGCCGCCAUCCUUGUUUGCUGCAAUUCAUCGGAGCAACAAACGAUGAUGGAAGUCCUUUGUUCGUGACAGAGCUCAUGGAAACGAGUUUGCGAAAAUUGCUGGAGCAGCGAUCUCUCUCUACAGCUGAAGUGGCCGUUAUUUCUCUUGAUGUGGCUCGUGCAUUGAAUUACCUGCACCAAAAGAAACCACGCCCCAUCAUCCACCGCGAUAUCAGCAGCGCCAAUGUGUUGCUAUGGCGACAAGCGGACCAAUGGCGAGGUAAAGUGUCGGAUUAUGGUGCUGCUAAUUUCAUGCAGCAAUCUUUGUCAGUUUGUCCAGGUGCUGCAGUAUACAGUGCUCCUGAAGCACUUACUAAAAAUCAGACUGUGAAGGUAUGUCGUCUGCUAAACUUAAUCUCCAAACAAAGAGCCUGUUCACAGGCUAAUUUAGAAUAUUAAAUCCCUGCGAGAUACCGGAGGAGAAAGAACUAACGGCUAAAAAAUGCAUUUUAUGGCUGUGAAAAAGUAGAGAAAACGUUGCGGUUUUGUGAUUUGGGGAUACUUAUUUCUGUCAAAAAGGUAUAUAAAAGAAAAAGGGGUUGGACCUCUGUGGGAUUAUCCCUUAAUUUUCUCCUUUAGUAACCACGCCCGACUGAUAUAUCGUCCUCUGAUGUAUUGUGUGAUAAGUCUGUGACCUUUGGCCUUGAUCGUCUAAUCAUCUAGAAUCAUUAAAUAAUACGUCCUUGAACAUUGUCAUUGGCCUCCACUCUUCGUCUCGCCUGCGAUAAUCGCACUACCUCUGGGGGAAGUCGCCGGUACGAAACUUUGCUGAGUAACGCCCAUCACCCCCACCCCCCCUCUUGGUAGACAGUCUAGACCAAAAGACCGAAUAUGUGAGUAUUUGGGUAAACAGUGAAAGAUUUUAGUGGUCAAGUUCCGUCGUCGAGUGCUGGGUGGAAUAAAGAAUGGUAUAUAAAAGAUUUAUUUGUGGUUUUACAAUAACCUGAGUCCUCUUUAGGAAUAAGACCUAUGCCCUAGGAUUAGUAACUUAAAAGUGUUUUGUGUGUACAAAGGAGUCAAAUAAUACAUAAGGUGAUAAGUAUUGAUAUGGAACUGAAAUGUACAUAUAUUUUUAAUUGUUAUCGUCUAUUUUUCGUCUUCAGGUUGAUGUAUACAGUUUUGGUGUUCUCAUCUGCGAGAUUUGCAUCGGGAAACUACCAAAUCCUGACAGGCGUGCCGAGCAAGUCGCCAUGGUGAAAAACAAAGUGCUAAGAGCUCUCAUUCGUAGAUGUUUACAAGACAAUCCUCACGACAGACCAAGUAUGGAAGACGUCAUUGGUGAACUAGAAAAACUAUUUUAA